AUGGAUUCAAUGAUAUCUGGACUAGAAAACGUUUUUGCUUAUAUUGAUGAUAUUGUUGUGGGUGGAGCUACAGUUCAAGAGCAUAAUCAAAACUUAACUUAUUUAUUAGAGCGAAUAAAGGAUUAUGGUCUACAUCUGCAAAUAGAGAAAUGUUGUUUCUUUACUACACAGAUCAAUUAUCUGGGUUAUGUCAUCGAUGGACAAGGAUUACAUCCAGAUCCUACAAAAGUCGAAGCAAUUAAAAACAUGCCUGAACCACAUAAUUUAACCACAUUACGUUCGUUUUUAGGAGCAAUCAAUUAUUAUGCACGUUUCAUUUCAAAUAUGCACAUUCUUAGACGUCCUUUGGAUAAUCUUUUAAAAAAGGAUUCUAAAUGGAACUGGUCUCCAAAAUGUCAAGAAUCUUUUAAUCAAUUUAAGAGAAUUCUUUCUUCAAAGCUCUUAUUAACUCACUACAAUCCUCAGAAUGAGAUUAUUGUAGCAGCAGAUGCUUCAAAUGAAGGAUUAGGAGCAUGCAUUCUUCAUAGAUUUCCAGAUCAUUCGAUCAAGGCAAUCAGUCACGCCUCAAGGAGUCUCACAGAAGCAGAACGUAAAUACAGUCAAAUUGAAAAAGAGGCAUUAGCAAUCAUUUUCGCAGUCACGAAAUUUCAUAGAAUGAUUUUCGGAAGACAAUUCAUCCUUCAAACGGAUCACAAACCAUUACUUCAAAUAUUUGGUAACAAAAAAGGAAUUCCGUCGCAUACAGCCAACCGUCUUCAACGAUGGGCACUUCAAUUAUUAUCUUACGAUUUUAAAAUCGAAUACAUCAAGACGACAGAAUUUGGACAUGCGGAUGUUUUAUCAAGACUAAUCAGUCAUCAACAACGUCCUGAAGAGGAUUUUGUAAUCGCUUCUGUCAAAAUGGAAACAGAUUUAUUCUCAGUCCUCAAUGAAUCACUUCAGUCCUUUCCAAUCACAUUUCAACAAAUCAAGGAAGCAACUAAAGAAGAUGACAUCUUACAAAAAGUUAUCAACUUUACUUUGAAUUCAUGGCCUCAGAAUGUAGAUGAUUCGGAUUUACAACCAUUUUUCCGCCGUCGAAACUCACUAACCGUGAUUCAAGAAUGUCUUCUUUUCAACGACAGAGUUGUAAUUCCUCAACAAUUCCAUCAACAAAUUCUCAAACAAUUGCAUAAGGGUCAUCCUGGAAUGGAGCGAAUGAAAAUCAUAGCACGUUCGUACGUAUAUUGGCCAAGGAUAGAUCAGCAAAUAGAAGAAUUUGUCAGAAAUUGCAGAAAUUGCACACUCGCCGCGAAAUCACCUAUCAAGGUACCAUUAUCAAGCUGGUCUCUUCCUGAAAAACCAUGGCAAAGAGUUCACAUAGAUUUCGCAGGACCGUUAAAUGGAGAAUAG